AUGUUAAUUCAGAGAAAAUAUGAAGAAUCGGAGUCUAACGGCAGAAAGAAGUCCCGAUUCACGGCGAGUCUGAUCCGCACCCAUACCAGCGAUUCAGAUCAGGAGCCGGAGGAAGACAGCGGUUAUGAGGCGAAGAGUGGCAUAACCGACACGACACAAAUGGAUCCGUCCAGAGCUGUGAGCCGGGGGUCUGUCAGCUCAUCCCUCAGACCAUUCAGCUCUGACUUCGAGAGCGCGUGGGGUUCGCAGGAACUGCUCGAAAGUGACUCUUCGGUGCGCAAGAAGUCAUCGAAAUCUCGGUCGUCCGAUGAGGACAGAGAGCACGACAUGUUUCAAGACGCGGAGGAAUCGCUGGACACUAUCAGACAAUACGGAGACUUCGAAGCGGGUGGAAUCGAGAGGCCGGCCGAGUAUGAAGUGAUAGAUUUGCCUCCGACUCGGAUUGAUGUCAAAGAUAAAGCCAGUGAUAAGACGCCAGAUAAGAGCGGUUACGGCAAGGAGUCGACGAAACCGUCGCUCAUGAAAACGGCUCGAAAGCCACGACUGGAGGGCCGCAGGAGUACAUCGGAUCCCGUGAGGGACCGACUCUCAGCCCAGAGUAUACCGUUGUCGUCAGUGGUGCGAAGGGGCAGCACAGCUAUGCCCUACCAUUUCGCUAUGCCUACCGUUCCAGUGGUCGGGUAUAUGAAGCCUACAGUGGCUUCACUCCGGGCUCGCUAUGAAAGAGAGGAGAUGGAGGGCACGGCCUCUGCCAGAGAUAGGUAUAGGAUCUCCGAGGAAGACAGCUAUCGUAUCAGUAGAGCUGAGGAACAGAUGAAAGACAAGAAACUGGAAGAGGAGAGGAACAAGAGGUACGAGGAAUGGCUCAAAAAGUUGGACGAAGUCAAUGUAAUCCCGCACUCGGCUAAGGAAAGGGUGAAGAAGUUGGAGGAAGAGUUGUUUCGGCUGAAGAAGGCCUCCGACGACAGUGAGGGACAUAUGGCCCGCACUUAUAGGCGACGACUCGUGGAAAGUGAUGAACGGAUGGAGAGAAUGGAGAGACUCGAGAGAGCAGAGAGAGCCGAGAGAGUUGAGAGAGACAGUGAACUCGCGUUUCCGAUGAGCCGUAAGACACAGACAAAGCCUGAACUCCAAUACGCCGUCAAAUUGAUAUCAAGGACUACACAGACAAAUGAGAUCUCAAACAGUGAUGUCUCAGUGAAUACGGAAAUUGACUUCAGGCUAAUGAGCGCACUGUUAGACAAGUUAUUGAUUGCGAAGACAUCGGUUGGGGUUCAGACGGAUUGGAAGAAUGAUGUGAUUGAGACGAGAGAUGUAGGCGUUUCCACGGAUCGCAUAUUCAGGGAACGAUUCGCUCCAUUGCCUACAACCAGAUCCAUGUCCUCACAGACAGAGGUAUCGGCUCUUAGAGGACGUAAAGAUGAAUCCGUGGCAACAGAUCCUCAGAUUACGGGCCAUCGGCACAGAACUCGAUCACUUCGUGAGCCGUUAGCCAUAAGAUUAUCAUCAGGUGUUCAAACGGACCAGAAGUGGAUAUCACGCCAAGACGUGGCCUGUGAAGCAAACUUCUCGUCCUUCUCAUCGGAAUCGGAGGACUCGACUGCCAUUUCCGCCUAUCCUAAAGGCUUUCACCCAAAAACAGGUCAACUCCUCGACCAGAGCUUACUUUCCCAUUACUACAAGUCGGGCGAUGAAAGCGGCGCCAAAGUGCUGACCCCUCCCAGAAGUCGCGACCAAACCUUCUACAGGCCGUCCAAAACGCCCGAACCCAUCAUCGAGGAGUACGGCACGAGUCCGACGACCACAUCAUCCGAUUCGUCCAACUCUGAGGGCGACUACAGCUGCGAGAAUGUGAGGGAAAUAUAUCGCGAAAAGUAUGUCGACUACAAGACGGCGUCAAAACCCAUUCAGAAGAGCUAUUAUCACAUGAGGUCUGAGGAGAAGAAAAUUAACUUUGAAUUCAAUGACCGCCGAAAGCAUCCCAAAGAGAAACCAGUGCUGGAAACGGAUCUCCAGAACUACGAUCGAGAGCCGCAUCGCCCGGAGCUCCGACACAAACUCACUGCCGAUAAAAGACCGGAAUCUCGUCACGACGUCCUACCGCCUCAAAUGCCGGCGCCGCCCAUCACUCCGCCAUCGAAGCCAAUGCCGAGCAUGAAAUCCAUUGAAACGCAAACCAACGGUGAGGUGACGACAGUUACAGAGCAGUCGGUGCCGCAGAAGCCUGUUAUGAAAGUGAGUCCAAAGGACUUGAAGACUGAGUCCAAGAUCACCGUCGAAGUGACAAAAGCGCAUAAAAAGGAGAGAAGCGAAGUGACAUCACUCACCAAAAUGGAUGAGGUGUCCGGCAAAAUGUCCAGGACCACUCACGUGACCACCAGUCAACACAUACCGGCCCCACCACUGCCAGACACCCAACCCAUGCGCCGCCUCACCGACCCUUACAAGACGUAUAAGACGUCUUCAGUUCGGCCGCAGUCACCGCAUAGACCCAUAUCGUCGCCCAUAAGGAAAGCGCAGUCAGAGGUGGACAUGACUCCCGUGAGCGGUGUGUCGACCCGUCCGGCGUCGGCCGACGACCUCUCGAUGCCCGCCGUCUCCACGUCUCAGAUACCGACGACAAUGAGUUACGGCUCGUCAAUGCAUAGCCUGAAGUCGUCGCUCAAGAGUCCGAGCCCUACGUUCCCACGCUAUGACUCCACCGACGAGAUAACAGUGCCAAAGGUGGGCCGCGUCAGUAUCCAGGAUCCUAUGCAUAUGGUGCUCAUCGCACCGCCAGAUAAUUUCAAUAAUAAUAAUAAAUCGCUGGCAAUGAGCAGCAAAAAUAACGGACUGUUUAUGCCGUUAGAUAAGUCUCAGUGGAGAGAGACCUCCAGUUCCACUAUUUGUACGGAAAUGACUACCGAUGCCUUCAAAGAUGAAGACGGAGUUAUUCAAAAACCCAAAUCCAUUUCCAUGUCAUCCGACACUCUGAUUGAGACCAAAGGGAACGAGUCGUCGGUUAAGACCCGAUCGCGAACUGCCCGUCAGUAUGGAAAUGAGACUCAAGAGAAAGCUAUCACUAAUGAGACAGCAUUUACAGGACCGGGAGGAAUAUUCAAAAACAACAUCCCAUACAUCGAGAGUGAGCCUACAUCUCACGCCUAUUCACCGCCACACAGGUCCUCAUCAUCACCGGUGGUGACACUCGUGGAUACGCCGGAGUUUUUGAGCCCAGAACCGGACCAAAUGCCCAAAAUCAUGAGCACAAAGAUGUCUCGCGAGGAGAGGGGUAGGGAAACGCCUUCUCUGGUCACAGAUGUUCGCGCAUCUCGUUUCAGACCAGACGAAGAU